GACAUUUGUAGAAGGGAAGUAUUGCCCUUGUGGCAAACUAAACUAAGUUAGUACAGACAUUUUUGUUUAUAUUUACUACACAUGGACGGUUAUUUUUUUUUAUAUUACAAAGUAAUUCCAUAUUGCUCUUCCACGUCAUACUCUCUUUAUGAUUGAAAGAGUUGGUAGAUAGACACUUCAGGUUUGAAUUGUCAUCAUGAUGCUAAGAUCAGUACCCCGGCUCUUAAGACGCAUUUCAUGGUCAGACACUCACUCUGUGACAAAGACACAUGUUCACUAUGCAGUUGGUAAACUGUUAUCAUUCCAAGAACCAGUGUUCUUCAGAUCGUGUUUCUGUAGAUACUUGUCUAUAGAUUCUAGGCAUGUGACGCCUGUAUUCCUGAGAGCAGAAAACUUCCGUGAGCGAACUGCAGCGGUGACGCAACAUGGACGUUAUACGUAUGAGGAUUUACUACAUUAUAGUGCAGCAUUAGCAAAUGAGUUUAAUGAAGUUGCGAGCAGUUGGAAAAAUGAGCCUGAUUACACCAAAGACUCGAGGUUUCCACUAGCAGGUGAGCGCAUAGCGUUUCUGUGCGAAAAUGAUUUGUCUUAUGUUGUGACACAGUGGGCAGUUUGGAUGUGUGGUGCUGUAGCAGUUCCCCUGUGCAAAUCUCACCCAAUCAGUGAACUGGAAUACUUUGCUGAUGAUUCUGGGGCAAAGCUACUAGUGUGUUGUGAAAGUUAUCGUGAUAUAUUGGAACCAGUAUCGCAGAACCAUAAUAUAUCAUUGAAGAUGAUAACCCUUGAUGAUUUUAGUGGUGAUUAUGAUGAUGACUGUCACCACUUGGAGACAGAUAAAGGGAGGCGACUUAGACAUAGCCUUGAGGCACUAUUAGUUGAUGAUACAUACAGAUAUACAAAAGCACAGAUCAUAUAUACGAGUGGUACUACAGGUAGACCUAAGGGCGUAGUUCAUACAUUUGGAAAUCUUGAUGCCCAAAUGCAGGCGAUGAUUUCAGCAUGGGGAUGGACCUCCAGUGAUGUAAUUUUGCAUGUGCUGCCACUACAUCACGUGCAUGGAAUUGUAAAUGUUCUGAUGACUCCUCUGUACUGUGGUGCUAUGUUUUUUAUGCUGCCAAAUUUUGACCCUAAAGAAGUAUGGAAGGCUUUAUUACGAGAUGAUCUCUCUAUCAACAUGUUUAUGGCUGUGCCAACAAUAUAUGCCAAACUUAUUGAGGAAUAUGACAAACAGAGACAUGCUGACAAUAAAUAUAUUCCAGAUAAUCUGCCUUCUGUAUUAACAGAAAAAUUCAGAUUGAUGGUGAGUGGGUCUGCUGCUUUGCCACAACCAGUCAUGAAGAAAUGGGAAGAUAUUACUGGUCACACUCUGCUUGAGAGAUAUGGGAUGACAGAAGUAGGCAUGGCCUUAACAAAUCCUCUGCAUGGAAAACGUGUGCCUGGUACUGUUGGUCUUCCAUUCCCAGGAGUGUCUGUGCAGAUUGUGGAGCAUGACAAACAGGGGGACGGGUACAGAAUACUGGCUUCAGGGGAUUCUCAAAAUAUUGUUGCUUCUCCAGGCCUUGAAAACCAUUCUGGGGAGUUACUGAUCAAGGGAGAUAAUGUAUUUUCUGAGUACUGGAAUAGACCUGAUGCCACUGCUGAUGCCUUCAUGAAGGAUGGUUGGUUCAAAACUGGAGAUACAGCAAUGUACAUAGAUGGUGUGAUUAAGAUUGUUGGCCGUACAUCUGUGGAUGUCAUAAAGAGUGGAGCAUACAAAAUUAGUGCUCUUGAUAUUGAGCGCCAUCUUCUCGAACAUUUUGGUAUCAAAGACGUGGCUGUUAUAGGGUUACCAGAUGAAACCUGGGGACAAAUGAUCACAGCUGUUCUUGUUAUGAAGCCUGGUGAAACUGUGACACUACCAGAUCUGCAAGCAUGGUGCAAGGAUAAAAUGGCCCCUUAUCACAUCCCAAGAAAUCUGAAGAUUCUUGAUAAUAUGCCGAGAAAUGCCAUGGGCAAAGUGAACAAAAAGGAGCUAGCAAAAUCAUUAUUUCCAGAACACUUUAAAGAAAGCUGAAGUAACAGUAUUUUAAAAAAGAACAAUACUGUAACUACAUUGUAGAUAACUUUGAAAUAUACAUUGGUAAAAAUGA